GCUUGCAGAAACAGCUGGUUCUAUAAAUGUUAAGCAAGUAAACAUUUUUCGUACAGCUGCUUUGUAGUAUUUUUUCUCAGCUAUAUUGUGGAUUUUCACCCUUAUAAAAGAAGUUACUUUUAAUAAAAUCAUUUAGAAAGUGAAAUAAAUUAAAUCACAACUGUUGUAAAGUUAAACACCUGAAAAUGGGUAACCAGCUGGUGGGUAUAGCCCCAUCCCAAAUAUACCCUAUGGAUCAUUAUUUUUCUGGCACGGAAAUUGUUUUCGAAUCAAACAUGGGCAGUACGCGUUUCUUCAAAGUGGCCAAGGCAAAAUCAGAGGAAGGUUUAGUGGUGGUGAAAGUGUUUGUGAGACAUGACCCUACUUUACCACUAGAGUAUCACAAAGAACGUCUUGAGUACAUAAAAAAGUCGCUAGCAAAUGCAGUAAAUUGCUUACCGUUUCAGAGAGUAGAGUUAACUGAUAAAGCCGCAUACAUAACGCGUGAAUAUGUAAAGCACAGCUUGUACGACCGUGUCUCCACGCGACCCUUCCUCACAACGCUCGAAAAGAAAUGGAUCACUUUUCAAAUACUUUGUGCAUUGAACCAAUGCCACAAGCAAAAGAUUUGUCACGGUGACAUUAAGUUGGAGAAUAUAUUGAUAACUUCCUGGAAUUGGGUUUUACUCUCUGAUUUCGCAUCCUUUAAGCCAACAUACCUCCCCGAAGACAAUCCCGCCGAUUACACUUAUUUCUUUGACACCAGCAGACGCCGCACUUGCUACAUAGCUCCUGAACGUUUCGUCAAAACAUUCUCGUCUGACGAUGCUGAAGGUUAUGGCGCUAUGCUACCCACUGACUCCCUUGUGCGUCUAGGGCCAUAUAUUUCAGAUAAUACGCUGGUGCCCUCUAUGGAUAUAUUUUCCGCAGGUUGCGCACUUUUGGAACUGUGGACUGAGGGCACAGCACCUUUUGAACUUUCUCAGCUACUUUCAUACCGUAGCGGUGAAAAUGAACUGGUGUACAAGCAUUUAGAGAGCAUUGAAAACGAAAACCUUCGUGCACUACUCAGCUCCAUGAUCAACUUGAAUUCAAUGUACAGAAAAAGUGCUGAAGACUACUUGGACGAAGAACGUGGGCGUCUCUUCCCCGAAUAUUUUUACUCAUUUCUGCAAUCAUAUUUGCAAAUGUUCUCUUCCUCGCCAAUAAUGUCGCCAGAUGAUAAAAUCUUACGUUUACAUUCCGAUAUUGGGCACUGCAUAAAAGUAUUGACAAAUGAUCCAAACAUAACACCGGAUGUUGAUGAAAAAUCCGGUGCCGGUGAAAAGAUGGACAACUGCCAACGAUUGCCAGCCGAACAGGAUGGUUUGAUUUUAAUAAUCACAGUUGUGACCUCGUGCAUACGCGGCCUAAAACAAUCGAACACAAAAAUUUGUUCACUGGACAUUCUCCAUCGAUUAUGCAAGUACACCACUUCAGAAACGAUCUUAGAUCGUAUAUUGCCCUAUAUUCUUCACCUGGCGCAAUAUGCGACAUCAAAAGUACAAGUUCAAGCAAUUGAAACGCUAACUUCGUGUCUUAGCAUGGUCAAGCAAAUACCGUUAAGUGACGCUAAUGUCUUUCCCGAGUAUAUUUUGCCCUCAAUAGAAAAAUUAUGCAGCGAACCCAGUGCGGUUAUUGUACGCGUGGCAUUUGCGCGAAAUAUUGCCAAAUUAGCGAAGAUUGCUAUAUAUUUUCUCGAAGAAACACAACGAAAUGCCCCAAAUGAUAUGCCUGCGCGCAGAUACGAGGCCGAAUUGAACGCCUUACAUGACAUAAUACAACAAAAUGUGCUAAGUCUGCUGACCGAUUCGAAGCCAAUUGUGAAGCAAACCCUUAUGGAGUCAGGCAUUUGUGAUCUGUGCGGCUUCUUUGGCAAGGAGAAAGCUAAUGAUAUUAUACUGUCACAUAUAAUGACAUUCCUGAAUGAUGAAGACAAAAACCUGCGCGGUUCUUUCUAUGAUAAUAUCGCCGGUGUAGCUGGCUAUGUUGGUUGGCAGGCCUCUGAUAUACUUGUGCCACUAUUGCAUCAAGGUUUCACAGAUCGCGAAGAGUUUGUCAUUAGUAAGGCCAUACGUGCUAUUACGAUACUCAUCGAAUUGGGACAUAUAAAAAAGCCCACCAUUACUGAGAUUAUUAAGGAAACGUGUUGCUAUUUAUGUCACCCGAACUUGUGGAUACGCCAUGAAAUUUGUGGCAUGAUUUCAACAGCGGCACGUACCCUGAGUGCCAUAGACGUGCAGGUGAAGAUUAUGCCGGCCAUUAAGAGAUUCCUUAAGAUACCGCUGAUACAAGUGGAAAAGCCCGAUUUGUUGCUGGACUGCUUGCAGCCGCCGAUUCCGCAACAAAUCUACGAUAGUAUUAUAAGGUUUAACGACAUACAAAUGUUGGUGAAUGAACUGGAAAUUCGAGCCGUCGCCCGCAAUAAUCCUAGAGCUGCAUUAAUGCCGCAACAUGAUGACUCUAGCCAAGCUUUAAGAAAUCUUUUCUGUCGAUUAACCUCUGAAGGUCUCAAUGACUUAGUGGAAAUGCAGCUGCUAGCCUUCAAGCCCUACUUAUUCAAAUUAAAGCAUAAAUCACAGCAAGAAGUUGACGAGCCGACCUCCGGCAAUGGACGCAUUGUGAUCACACGCAAAAACGUAGUAUGCCACGAAUACCCAUUAGCUGAUAAGCUCUCCAAAUCGCCACAAGAAACACGUGCAAAUGAAGGCAUUCUGCCUGCUGCUGCAUCACCUGCAACCGAGGUGGCUGUAACGUCGCUCGGCGGUAUAGCUGGCAGUCCACCGACUGGCAUUACGAUGCUUGGUGGCACACCUCAUCCGACGGCAACUGUAAGCGCCGCCACUUCGCUCGGAGAGUAUACAAUGCCCGAACGCAACUAUUGGCAGGAACGCUCAUCGGAGUGCCGUAAAGAUUUGGACGCUCUACGUAUUACAUUUAAAAAUCGUUACAGUAUGUUAGCGUUUUCACAGCACAGCCACAACGAGCGGCUCAACUCAGUUUAUCCGCAAGGUUGGUCACUAAAUGGCACUAUGAUAGCGCAUCUGCAUGAGCAUUCUGAAUCUGUGAUUAAGAUGACAUCGCUGAAGCCGCACGGCGCCAUUUUUGCCAGUGGCAGCAUUGACGGCACAGUGAGACUUUGGGACUGCAAUAAACUAAACGGUAAUCAGGGCAUCAAUCGAUCACGGCAAGUGUACUCGGCCAAUACGCCAAUUUACGCGCUGGUCGCUUGCGAUGGCGGCCAGUCGUUGGCCGUCGGUGGCAAAGAUGGUAGCUUGCUUAUAAUGCGAAUAGACAGGAAUUCCUCAAAAAUGACGUUGCAGCAGGCGUUGCAUUUAGACGAAGGCGAAAACAGCGAUGGCCCUGUGGUGGAUAUGCAAACCUACGACCAAAGCGUUAUUAUCUAUGCGACUGUGUAUGGCGGCAUUGUUGGUUGGGAUACGCGCGUACAAAAGCCCGUCUGGCGUUUAGAAAACGAACUGCAACACGGUGUCAUAACUACGAUUUGUGUCGAUUCGGCUGGCUCGUGGCUAGCAACCGGCACCAGUGGUGGCAAGCACAUUUGCUGGGAUCUACGUUUUCGCCUGCCAAUCGCCGAAAUUAAGCAUCCAAAUGGUUCGCGUAUACGUAAGGUGGCCUGUCACCCCACAGAGCCCUCAUACCUAAUUUCGGCCUCACAAUCGAACAAUGAAGUGUCGCUGUGGAACAUUGAAACCGGCCAUCGCCAAGCAGUAUUGUGGGCCAGUGCCACACCCGUGCUAUCGAACAUUCAAAUGAGCGAGACGUCAACAUCAUGUGGUCUGCUGAGCGGUGUAGUCGACAAAUCGCCAUUCUUAUUAACUGGUAGUUCAGAUCAACGCAUACGUUACUGGGAUCUAAAUGAGCCCAAAAACUCGUCUCUCAAAGUGCCCGCAGCUAAAGAUAAUCUGGAAGACGUUUCAUUCACCUACGACUCGCAAAUCAUAGACGGCAGUCAAGUAAUUUAUGAACAAAAGCAUAAAUUGAGCAAUCCAACGGGUUUGAGUUCGCCGGGCUGUUCAAUGGAAGAAAAUCCUCGUUCCGGCCCAGACAUGCCUUCACCAUGUCAUCACGACGCCAUAACCGAUUUGCUAAUGUGUAAAACUGACAAAGGGCAGAUUUAUGUGGCCUCCGCUGCCCGAGAUGGUGUUAUCAAGUUGUGGAAGUAGACAUAGUUAUAUUAUUUAUUUGAAAACAACUUAUUUUGUUUAUAUAAUAAUAUAUAAAAAAUGAGUUGUAUAAGCUUAAAAUAUUUUAUAUAUGCACAUACAUAUAUAAGCAAGUGCAUAUAUAAGUAUAUACAUAUAUUAACAUGUGCGUAUGCCUGUGAUUUGUCAUUUUAUGUACAUACAGUUAUGUACCCUUUUCAAAUUCUUGUGUUUUAUACAUGCAAUAUAUACUUACGUUUUGUAACUCAUUUUAUUAUUUUUUUUUUUUUUGUUCUUGAAAAUAUUAAGAAAAGUGCAUAAGUUUAAUAAAAUAUGCAAAUGAUUUACUAGCGAUAAAAAUAA